CUCAGAUACCUUAUCCUCUCAAUUCCUUCGCACCGUGUACCGACAGUACCUACAUCCUGCCUACAUACCGCCCCUCUCUCGACCCGAAGAGAGACCUCGUCCCAAUUCACAUCUUUGCGUCAACACCAGCAGAACCUUUGCCCUUGCCCUCGCCUGUACCCGUACUCGAGUACUCGUACGUAGCUUUCAUUGUCCCUCAACGAGCGCAUGAAGAUUGGGCAUUGUGGUUGUCGCAAAACCAAAUUGCGACCCCAACUCCAACUGCAGACCACAGAGACCUGCAGGCCAGGUAAGCGCAACUUCCCGGCCCCCAAAUCAGCCUUACCAGAAAUUGCGACUGCGACGGCGACGGCGACGGCGACGGCGACGGCUCUUGCACCCUCCAAAACUCCCUUCUCCAUACUUGCCAUCUGCUAUGGCAAAUCGCGAAGACGACCCAAAUCUACUACCGUGCUGACUUACCACUUCGCUGUCCAGUCUAGGUAGAAUUGACCGCCCAGAAAAUCGUCUACCCCCCGAAGGUCUCAUCUCACCAUACAAUAUCUGCAUCUCCAUCCGAUCGCAACCGCCUCACGACUUCCCCCUUUUCCACCGCCCUGAAUCAUAUCUGCCAACGCCGGCGCGACGAACGUUGCUGUAUUGCAGUGGUUGAAGCAUCGCGGAUAAGGGAACAUUGGCAGUGGAAUUACAGCGACGAUAACAUAAGGCGCUCCGAAUUGCGGGGGAUCUCUGGUUGCGACCGUACACCGUCACCGCACGCCGCCUGCGCAUUCUCGACCGGGGCCACUAAACCACCAACGAAGACGUCAGGCACGUCCACUGUCCAAAAAAGCAUCAUACCAAGUGGUCAGCACUCUAAGAGCACAUAGAAGCACUUGAAACAUUCGUUUUUGCCAAACAUCUCGAAUUCUCGUUGCUCAGAACCGUGGGUCUUCUCGCGUUGCAUAGCCUCAAAGGCUCAGCCACCGUGCCUGUGAGGCUGACUACCAUUCCCAACUAGAAAUCUUGAUCGGUGUUCUAAGAAUAAUACCAACAACAAACCUCGACAUGGAUCCACAACGUGGUCGGUCUCCCUCUACGGGACAUCAACAGAAUCAUAUAAGUCGUCACCACUCUCCUUCGCCUCAGUUUCAGGAGAACAAUGGAUCAAUAGGACUCGGACUCGGCCUGGAUCCUACAUUGUCAACUCUAUCAACGAACGUUGAUCAGAACUUCUUAAACAGCAACUUCAAUUCUUCCACUACACUUCCAUCUUAUGAUAACAACGACUUCUUAGCUCAACAAAACUUACACUUUUCACAGGCUGGAAUGGGAGAUCCUGGUUACGCUACCACUCAAGACUUCACGACUCAAUUCAAGCAGGAAGAAUCCAUCUCGGAAUUUGCCCCACCAGUGCGAAGCUUUACCCAAGAGUUGUUAAGUGCAAAUAACAUCUCAAAUUUUAACGAGGGUGAUUUUUCUUUAUUCUCAACCCCCGGUCCAAGUGAUCAAUUUGAGCAACCUUUCUUUGGAAACAAUCAGACUCAGCAAUCAAGCUCUUCGGUCAAUCUUCAAGAACUAGACAUGGCUUCUCCACCAAGUCAUGCGGCUACCCCGCCAAAUAUGCUACAACGGGACUCUCGCUCUCCUUCAGCACAUCAAACACCCAAUUUCAAUCAGGGACAAUUUCAGCCUUCUGCUCAUUCCCGUCCUUCACAUUCCCGUAAUGCUUCCUUGGGUCCAGAGAGUGCUGCUUUCCCACAAGCAAUGACCCAAGGCGAGUGGGGUAUGAUGGGAGCUCCUCAGUUCACAACACAUAGAAGAAGUCCAUCUGAAUACUCGGAUAUCUCAGUUCAUUCGAAUACCCAUUCACCCAACAUGGGACAUCAUGACUCUUUUGAGACGAUUGAUUCUCAUCACUCGCCAUCACCCAUGCAACACCCACAAGACAGCUUAUACCAGGAGGUUCUCGGUAUCGGCAACUUUUCCUUAAAUGAUACUCAGCAGGUACCAACUCCACAUCGAGGUCUGAGUCCUGCUCAUAGCCCUGCAAUUUCGCCACGAUUGACUCCUCAGCAAAUGCCAAAUCCCAAUAACUCGUUCAUGCUUGGACUUAAGAAUGGCUUUAAUCAGCAACAGAACAAUAUGCAUAACAGCAUGCAAAAUAAUAUGAUGUACGGUACCCAGCAAGAUUUUCCGCAAAUGCCGCAACAUGGAGAUGGCUCUAUGGAUAUGGGACAGGCGCCUGUGAUGGCCCCUCCUGAGAUCAAUGUUGAAUUUGCGCCAGCAUCUCGGCAAAAUAGUUUUGAACCGCCCAAGCCGUCUGUUGAUCUGGACGCAUUAACACCCCCAGACAGAGGUAUGUUAUUCAAAGACAGUCGUACCCGAAAUUCUCUAAUCCAAAAACUAGGUCGACGUCGUCGUGCUGUAUCAGAUACUGGAUAUCAAACUUCAUCUAGCGGCCCUGGCAUGCAACGUCAACAUUCACCGGGCAUGGUGCCAAAUAUGAACCAAAAUCUUACGCCACAUUCAAUAGAUUCACGAUCGUUAUCGCCGAAUGACAGAUCUGGAGCUAACUCACCGAGCAAACGUCGUCAAUCAACAUCCUCGCUUCCCAAUCGUGACUACAUCCUUGGCCUUGCAGAUCCCGAGUAUCAAGCACAGACUCCCGAUAAUAAUGCAAAGCGCGUACAAAAGCACCCAGCCACCUUUCAAUGUACCCUGUGUCCUAAACGAUUUACCCGAGCUUACAACCUUCGAUCACAUUUGCGUACUCAUACCGAUGAGCGUCCAUUUGUUUGCACGGUCUGCGGAAAAGCUUUUGCACGACAGCAUGAUCGAAAGAGACAUGAAGGUCUUCAUUCAGGAGAGAAGAAAUUCACGUGUAAAGGAGAGCUCAAGCAAGGUGGUCAAUGGGGAUGUGGUCGAAAGUUUGCUCGCGCUGAUGCAUUGGGACGACAUUUUCGAUCAGAAGCUGGUCGAAUUUGUAUAAAACCUUUACUAGACGAGGAAGCAGUUGAACGUCAACGACAAUGGCAUGAGCAACGAAUGCAACAUAAUAUGCAGCAACCAAUUCCGGUAGAUGCCAAUGGAUUCCCAAUGGAUGCAAGUGGAAAUUACACUCUACCAGCGGCAUUGCUUGCACAAUAUCCCGCUCUUGCAAAUUUGAGUUGGUCAGAUAUGCCGACUGGGGAUGUUGGUCUAGAUGAUGAUCCUAGUGGAAGAAGUAGUUUUGAUGCUAGUGGUUCGGAAUAUUAUGAUGAGGGUGAUGAGGCUGGAUAUGUGUCCAGUGGCCCGGGGCCACAGCAGGGAUAUCAUCCUCAACAAGGUCAGAUGACGGAUGGGUAUAAUGGGUAUUCGAGUGAUAUGGGAGGACCACGAUGAGAUUUCUUUUUUGUUGAGAUGAGACUAGAUCUUUUACUCCAUUGGGGGAAGUUUUCUCUUUUUCACUUUUCUGGUGUUAUUUCCGGAUGGCUACCGUACCGUAGCUAGGGCUAUUUUCCCCCUUUGAUUUCUCUUUUUUUUUUCUCAUGAUGAAGGAUGAUUUGAGGGGAGGGGAGGGGAGUAUAGAUGUAUGUAUGUAUUC